AUGAAAUCGCUUAUUUGCAUCGGAAUCGUUUUUUUUCUCCUUAAUUCAUCUCUCGCUUCCGACGCCAAUCCUCCAUAUCCCAAGGCUUUUUCUGAUUUGAAGGAAUCGAUUGUGAAAGGGUUAGGGUUUACACCAGAAGAUGAUAUUAAGAUUACGGGAUUUGAUCCGAGAGAAGCUCAGGUUGGGCAUUCUGUAGAAUAUCAAUUCGACGUUGAAAUCGAUAAUAAGCUUGCUGGACCCAUGGAGCUUUGGAUUCAGGAUGCUAAGGAUAUGAGAAUUUCUCUCCCGCAUGAUGUAGAAGCUGGGGUGUUGAAGAAAGUGAUUUUGGCUGAUGGUGCUGUGGUUACUGUGAAAGGUGCGAGAUCAGUGAGUCUUCGUCAUCCUCUUAAUUUACCUCUGCCCUUAAACAGAACACAGAAUGGGUUUGCUGCUGGACUUCUAGCCUUGGCUGAGCAUCUCCGCCACGCAUCUCUUGGCCAGAGUGAUCCCCUUCUUUCACUCCGCAUUGUUGGUCCUACUUCACUUGAAGCCCCUUCCUCUGCGUCAACCUCUCCAAGUAACAGGCUGAAGCUCAAGCGUCUUGCACCUGGUCUCGUGGAGUUAUCGUCUCAAUCAAAAGCCAAGCUAAUUGACACCCUUUCUACCGUUGAUCUCCAGGAGGGAGCCCCAACUCUCCUUACUCCAACACAGUUUACCGCAUUAUGGCCUCUUGCCUCCCUUAAUGGAUCAAAUUCCAACUUGUUGGGUUUUGAGAAACUGUUAUCUUCUGUGCUCGGUCCUCAGGCUAAUGAAAAGGGUUCCUUCAGGUUGUUGAAGGCAGAUGUUUCUGCUCAGACUUUUGUGAAGAUAGGAUUUCAGGCUGAGAAGAAGCUGAAAGAAGGAGAUGGGAUUAGCUUUGAGGGUUUCCCUGAAUGGAGGACUAAGCCUGAGACUGUGAGAUUGCAUUUUGAGGUGCUGGCUAAAGUUGAUGGUGACAAAGUCAUACCUGAGAGAGUAAUGCAACUAAACCCAGUUAUUAUGGAGGACAGUGUGGCUUUAGGUAUGUUGACUAAUAAUGGAACCAUGUCAAAGAUGCCAAUUGUUCAACCUCCCCCAAUCCCAUUUGCACUGUAA